AUGUAUCAACUGUUGCCUUUCCUGCUCGCUGCCAAUUUUGGUCUACCGGAGGUUCGAGUGCCCGUGAAAUUACCCGUGGAGAUAUGGUCCACCAUUUUUCGUUUUUUGGAUCCUUUGUCUCUUUUGAGUGUUGUUCAGGCGGAUGGUGGGUGGAGUAAAAUAUGCCAAGAAGAUCCAGUGUUGAAAAAAAGAGUUCAAGAAGAACUGAUCGCCGUACGUAAAAGACAACGAGAGGAGAUUUUAAAUCCGGGUUUGUUGUACACCAUUGAGCGGACAGGACCAACGAAAAAAUAUGGAACCAAUCUGAUGAAAAAUUAUCGAAUUAGAGCUCCGACAGUGACGAAAACGCCCCCUGGAUUCGCUUGGACUGUUGGAAUGAAACGACGACGACCACAGAAUGACGAUAAGAGGAAUGUUAAGAGAUGUUGUAGAUUGUUAAGAUUGUAAAUAAAUUGCUUGUACACAUA